CCGGCUUUUUAAAAGUACGGAUUUAUAUCGUUCCAAUUUAACAAUUUGACAAUACAGAUUUGAAAAGUUAAAAUGUUGAAAAAAUGUUGAAAAUAUAUAUAUAAAUAUUAUAUUAUUAAAAAUAAAAAAAUUUAUAUUAACAAUAUAUUCAAUAUAUUGAAAAGAAUUUUGAAUUGCACAAUUUGUGAAGUUUUAUCAAGAAAGUAAAGGUUAACCAUUAAAAGUAAAUAAAAUGAUGCAGAUGAAUAAAAAAGGAUGUAAAGAAUUGUUAAUGCAAAGAAUGUUCUUAGCUAUAAUUUCCAGUAUAGCAGUACAAUUCUUUCUUGUGACUCUUUUAUUUUUAAUUACAAAUUUAAACACGGAUUACACAUCAUGGAUUCAAAAUACAUGGAUAGCAAUAACCUCUUUUCGAAUGUGGAGUUAUUUCUGCGUUCUUGGUACUGUUACAUUUUUUCAAGGAGUUAUUUGUAGCAAAAAUUAUUCAAAUGUACCACCUUACUUAAAAAGUAGGUUUAAUAAAUUUUGUGGAAUAUUUACAUCACAAAAUAUUUUACUGGGUGCAUUACAUAUUAUCAUUGGUGGCCUUCUUGUUUGGAUGCAUUUAUCAAUCAAAGGAGGUAGAUAUGGUUUUUUAAUGACAGAAUGUAAUAUAGUUUAUGGAACAUGUUUAAAGGAAGAACAUUACUUUUUAUUUCUAAGUGGAUUAUGGAGUGGAUUAUAUUUUUUCUUAAAGACUAGUAUCUUUCAUACGAAAUAUUUGAAAUUUCCUAUAAUAUUUUCAUCAAAAUUUUCAAGAUUUAAAACAGGAAUAUGCUCCUUACUUCCAUCAUUGAUGAUUGAGUGUAUAUGGCCAACUUUAUAUUAUUUAAUUGCUUAUUAUUUCUUAGGUUAUAAUUGUUGUUGUACAAUAUUAUUUUUAUCAUCUGCACAAUUAGAAAGUGAACCAUUGAGUAAUAUUUCUAAUUUAUUGAAUUUUUCAUUGAUUUUUCAAUUGUGGUUAUAUCAAUUGAUAUUUGUAUUAGCAAUUAAUAGCAUGUAUUUAUUGUUUGAAUUAUAUUUGACAGAAUGGGUUCUUUUUGAAUUCAAACAGAACAAUGUAUUUGACAUUGAUGAAUCUAGAAUGACACUUUCUGAAGCAUUGUCUAUAGAUAAAGUACCAAUAAUGCAACAUCUAGGAUAUUUAGAUUUAGUUACAAUAGUUCAAAAAGAUAAGACAAGAAGGAGUAUAUUGUUUACACUCAGUCAACCUGGAGGCCACCCUUAUAAUUGGAAUUGUAUUGUAGAAAAAUGUAUUGGUCUCAUUAAAAAAUUUUCUGAUGAUCUUACUGCAGCAUAUGUUAAACCACAAGAAAUACCUCCAUGUGCUCCAUGUUCAACAAUAACACAUGUUAGUACAUUUCAAAAAGAAUAUGUAUAUCGUAUGCGCAAUUUAGUAAAAGAAGAAAUACAAUUACCUACUGAUCAAACUGACAUAAAAAAAGAAGAUGAUGAAUUAUUCAUUCAAAAAUUUAUAAAAACAAAAUGGAACAAUUUUUUGACAUAUUUACUUUCUAAACCACUUAUUUCUUACAUUUUUGGGGAAAUAGAAGGAGGUAAAGUGUGUCAUAUUUUAUUCAAUGGACAAAUGGUAAUUUGGGCUGCAGAUGCAAUUUCAUCUUUAGCUGUAGUAUCAUUAACUGAAGAUACUUAUGGAAUUGCCCAAAAAGAUCUACCACUUAUAAUUAACACUUUACUUGAGCUAAAACAAGCUCUUGAUAAAUUACAGAAAUCGAAUAUUAUGGCAAAAAAACAAAAUGGAGAUGAUAAAUUUAUUAAACAAAUCUUCUAUUCUUUACGUGCUGCAACAAAGCGAAGCCUUUACAGAAUUGUUACAAGUUUUGAAAUUUAUAUGCAAGAUUUAGCAUUAGAAACCAGAACAAUGGAACAAAUAUACAGUUUUCUCACUUAUAGAGAAUAAUUUUUAAUUAUAUAUAGGAAAUAAAUUUUUUUUUUUGUUGAAUACAAAACCUUAAUGUAUAUACAUAUUUAUAAAUAUUUUUUACUUACA